AUUUCAGUUACUUACGACCGAUCGUUGGUUCAUGACAUGAACUUGUGAAGUGCGGAUGCGGUUAAAGAGUGUUGGUCGAAAAUUUCUAUGUAAAGUUCGUGUCCACUAAACGUCGUGUUUUUUCUCCAUUCUUGACGGAUCUUAAUAGAAAAAAGAGAAAAUCACAAUAUAGAAUUAAUACAAAUACAGCAACAACAAAAAAGAAAAGUCCAGUGAAUUUGUUUAGAUAUGUAGAAAUAAAAACCGAUUUUAAAUGUGAAUAAAAACAGCAAAAGAAAACUCAAUAUUCAACAAAACUUAAUUAAGUAAAAUCAAGGGAAGAUAAAGGGGAGACCGACAUAAAUGUCAACAGACACAGCAGGAAACAGCACUUUACAUCUACAGCCAUAGAAAGAAACGCCAAGUAGAACAACCUCCUCGAAGAAGUUCACUGAAAAGAAACAAAUUGAAUUUAAUAAACUUACAACAACAUUUCGAGAAAGUAAAAUGAGCAGCAGUACAACAACUGACUGAAAAACUAGUUGCAACAACUAUGUCAAUAUAAAGGAAACAAUGUAAACUUAAUUACCACCACUACGACACAAGCAACAAAAAUUGAUUCCACCACAACAUCAAAAAUAUAUCAGCACUUCAAGCCCAACAUCAUCAUCAUCAUCGUCAUCAGCAAUGCCAUCCGUUUCCUCUCCCCACUUCUCAUCAUGAAGACGGAGAGAAAAUCCUUAAUGUUUCUGACUUAAGUACAUCCCUGCAACAUUUCGUGUGAUGGACUAUUGUGUUUUUGUUUUGAUGUUAAUCGUUUGUGCCGGUAUUGGUUUUCUAUUUUGGUUUUUAUCGAAAAGAAGAAAAAGAAACAACCAAAUAUGGAAAAACGUCGUGCUCAGAGGCAUUGGAUUACUUGGUAGGUGGUCGUAAGAUGAAAGUGUUUCCAGUAUCUUUAUCUUUGGUAGCCAGUUUCGUUUCUGGCAUCUCCCUGUUGGGUACAUCCACCGAGAUUUAUGUUUAUGGUACCCAAUAUGCUUUCAUCUUAGUGACAUUGGCAUUGUCUGGCGUCAUUUCGUGGUACAUCUUCUUGCCCGUUUUUCUGUAAUUUACAAUUGACAUCGACGUAUGAGUAUUUGGAAAUGCGUUUUGAUCGCAGACUACGUCUAUUUGGUUCAAUAAUGUUUUUAGUUGGAAUGGUAUUAUGGCUGCCAAUAUCCAUUUAUGUACCGGCUUUAACAUUUAAUCAAGUGACUGGCAUCAAUUUAUAUACAAUUAUACCAAUUGUGUGUGUGGUUUGUACCAUUUACACCUGCAUUGGCGGCAUCAAGGGUGUUAUAUGGACAGAUGUAUUGCAGGGUUUUGUAAUGGUGGGCUCAUUGGUAUUUGUGGCCAUUAAGGGCACCAUGGAUGUGGGUGGUGUGGGUGAGGUUUAUGACAGAAAUAAAGAAUCAGGCAGACUAGUGGCACCAGAGUGGACCUUUGAUCCUACAGUGCGCAUGGGUUUCUUCGCAGUAUUUGUGGGAGGUACUUUAUUAAAGUUGCAGGGUACUUGUAUUCUACAACCAGCUGUGCAACGCUUUUUGUCGUUACCCAAUAUGGUGGCAGUUAAGAAAUCUUUAUAUGCCUUUAUUAUCGGUCUGGUGUGUCUGCUGAGUUUGUGUAUUUAUUUGGGUCUUUUAGCUUUUGCCUCGUACUAUGACUGUGAUCCCAUAUCGACAGGGCUGGUUCGCGCCAAAGACCAAAUUGUCCCCUUAUAUGUUAUGCAAAUUGCUGGCUCUUUCCCCGGUGUUGGUGGGCUUUUUGUUUCGGGUGUAUUUAGCGCCGCCUUGAGUUCUUUGUCGACGGUUCUAAAUUCUUUAUCUGGUGUGGUUUUGAAAGAUUUUGUGGAACCUUAUCGCAAGAAACCCUUUACAGAAAGACAAACUGCUAUUAUUUUAAGAGUAGUGGUAUUGUUCUUUGGUGUAUCAGCCAUGGCCUUGGUUAAGGUGGUGGAGAAAUUGGGUAUGGUUAUGCAAUUGUCGGCUACUGUUAAUUCUAUAUCCACGGGACCCAUGUUGGGUGUUUUCACUGUAGGCAUGACCAUGCCUUUUGUUAAAACGGAGAGCGUUUUAACCGGUUGCACUACUGCUGCACUGACCAUGGCUUAUGUAGCCAUACGUUCCCAAAUUGACAGUGCUACGGGGGUUUUGAAAUUCCCCACUAAACCUGUUUCCGUAGAGGGUUGUACUUAUGAGUUUGAGGCUUUAAAUAAAACUAUUUUAAGCACUCCAAUACCGGAAACUUCUGGCAGUGCCUUCCAUCAUUUAUCCUUUUUAUGGUAUACUGGCUUGGGAGCUGGUAUCACUAUUGUGGUGGCUCUUUUGGCAACUUUGUACUUUGGUAAACAAGACUCCGCAGAGGUUGAUCCCAAGUUAAUUACUCCCAUUCUAAGAAAAUAUAUGAACAAAUAUAAAUACAGCAGUGUGGCCAUGAAUAUGAAUGAACUGGAAACAGUAUUACAGGAAACUGUAGAAAAUAAUUGCUUGGAGGAAUCGCAGGAACUUAAAGUUGAGAAAAAUGGAAUCAACUAGCGGAUUUAUAAAAUGUGUUACUGCAACCAUCUUGCUCUUUACAAUUUCUUUAUAAAUUUAGAAAAAUUUUAAAUCUAAUAAAAUACAAAUUGUUACAAAAUAUUUAUUAUUCAGCUUUUUAUAUAUUUUAUACUAAUGUAACGAACUAUGAUGCGUAUUAGUUAUAUUUGUUAUAUAUAAUGUAUUAAAUAUAACUCAUACGUAACCUUUACUAAGUAAAUAAUCAAUUUUAUUUUUACAGUUAUCAUUUC